CGCACUCGAAGAAUAUUCUGGACAAAUGACAGAAUCCUUGGAAACGUCUUCCGGAUGCUUGUUGCAAGAUUUACAUCGCCCGUCAUUCAUUGUUAAAUCUGAGUAAGGCGCGUUAUUUAAUGUGAAUAUUUGCGAUGCGGGCUCUCACACCUCACGUGUACUGGGCGCAGCGGCAUGGGGAGAUAUACCUGCGAGUGGAGAUCAGUGAUGCACAGAAUCUCAGUAUUGGCGUAGAAGAGAACAUUCUUCAAUUCAAAGGACAAGGGCAUGGAGCAAAAGGAGAAAAUGAAUAUGAAUUCAGUCUGGAAUUCCUAAAAGCCGUUAAACCCGAGGUGAAACACAAAUCCACCCAGCGGCAGGUGAAUAUCACAGUAAGGAAGAAGGAGCACGUCUGGUGGGACCGACUCACUAAACAAGAGAAGAAGCCACUGUUUUUAGCACCUGAUUUUGACCGCUGGCUGGAUGAGUCAGAUGCAGAAAUGGAGCUCAGAGAGAAGGAAGAGAAAAUAAACAAAAUCAGCAUUGAGUCGAGGGUUCGUAAGGACCCUUUUCUUGGCUUAAAAGGGUUUCUCUUUAUGUACAACUUGGUCCAGUUCCUCGGUUAUUCCUGGAUAUUUGUUAACAUGACUGUACGUCUGUUCAUUCUUGGGCAAGAUUCAUUCUAUGAUACAUUCCAUACCAUUGCCGACGUGAUGUACUUCUGCCAGAUGCUGGCAAUAAUGGAGGUUAUUAAUCCUGCUAUUGGGUUGGUUAAGACUGGAGUCAUGCCUGCUUUCAUUCAGGUGAUGGGGAGGAACUUCAUCCUUUUUGUCAUAUUUGGCACAUUAGAUGACAUGCAGAACAAGCCAGUGGUCUUUUUCGUUUUUUAUCUGUGGAGUAUGAUUGAGAUAUUCAGGUAUCCUUUCUACAUGCUGGCCUGCAUUUUGUAA